AUGGUUCCCACCGUUAUCGCGCGGGCAGCAGCGCCCUUGGUCCGGGCUACUACUACAAAAGCUCCGUAUCCCGCUGUCGGCCGCCGCGUCUUGUUGCGACUCGCCAGCCCACGUCUGUACUCAACAGUGUGCCCGACAGCAACGCCACCCAAGCCCCCCUCAAGACUGCGUCGUGCUCUCGGCUUCACUUCGCUCGCCGUGGUUGCGUUUUUCGCCGGUCUGUCUGUCGCUCCAUUCCAAGCCGCCAACAAAAUCAUGGCUGUCGGGAUCCCUACCGACGAGGAGACGCUGGAGAUCUUCCAGCCGGUCGACGAGCUCUCGCAGCGGAUUGAGGAGCACAUCAAGACGCACGCGCUGGCCCAGGAACUACGAUCCCAAGCCGAUUUCAUCGAAUCGCGGCCUCAUCUGAAGAUCCCGGACACCCUGCGAGACCGACAUUUGACGGCGGGCACGCUGGCCGGUCCCGAUCGCAUCGUCGUGCCGCCGUACGUCUGGUCGGAGAAGUCGGGCAAGGAAUUGGUCUCGAUUUUCUACCUCGGCGAUGCGCUGAACGGCCACCCGGGCAUUGUCCAUGGAGGACUGCUGGCGACUAUCCUGGACGAAGGUCUGGCGCGCUGCUGCUUUCCGGCGCUGCCGAAUCGUAUUGGUGUGACGGCCAAUCUCAACAUUGACUAUCGACAGCCCGUCAAGGCAGACACCUAUGUUGUGCUUCGGGCUACGACUGUCAAGGCCGAGGGCCGCAAGGCCUGGGUGGAGGGCCGUCUGGAGACGCUGCCUGAGGGCGAUGAGAAGCCUGUGUUGCUGGUUGAGGCCAAGGCUCUUUUUAUAGAGCCCAAAUUUGCGUCGAAAUUGCCCGCCAUCACCAAGGCCGUGACCUAG